AUGACCCCAUUCUUGCCCUCCUCCUCCUACUCCUCCACCACCGUUACUCUCAGGCCUUCUUGUUUAUUGAUCUAUCACUACUUCCUUUUCUACCUAAAUCAGUUGCAAUUAACAAGUGGUCUUCUCUCUGCUCUGCAGAGCAAGAUAAGGUAGACAAAAAUUCAGCCAGAGUCGUGGUCAGGGAGCUGCGUGCCGUGCAGAGAUGCCGACCAUCAUCAUCAAGGUAGACCUCGACUGCGGCCGCUGCCACGCCAAGAUCAGGAAGGUGCUCGAGAGGAUCAGAGAGAAGGGCGAGUUCAUCAUCGACGACAUCAAGUACGACGAGAAGAAGAACCACGUGAUCGUGUCGGGCCCCUUCGACGCCGACAAGCUGGGCGACAAGCUCUGCUGCAAGGCCUGCAACAUCAUCAAGGAGAUCGAGACCGUCGAGCCGCCCAAGAAACAGGAUCCCGAGCCUCCGCCGGCGACGGACAAGGUGAAGCCCCCGGGCCCGGGUAAGGAUGAGACGGUCAAGGUGAAGCAACAGCCGCCGCCGCCGCCGCCGCCGCCGCCCAAGAUUGUGGAGGUGCCGGUGCCGUACCCGUGCCCCUACCCCUACCCGUUCCCGGCGGGGCCGUCCGGCUGCUGCUGCCACCAGGGACACGGCGGUUGCCAGUGCUGGCAGAACCCUCCGCCGCCGUCGUAUCCGUGCGGCGGCUACAUGAUGGUCUGCGAGGAGGACCCGUCCGGCGCCUGCACCGUCAUGUGACUCCUCGGCAGCGUUAUCACCGGUAUUAGUGCGGUAAUUCCUCAUGUAUAAGCACCGUACCGAUGCGCAUGUACGACCGAUCCCAGCGAGAAUUAUGCAAUAAAAUAUCCGCAUUCGUGUAAGUGAAA